GGUUAGCGAGCUGUGUAAAGAGUAAAGGUUGUUUCACUGGUUGCUGCAAGUUGCUGUGAGGACAGUCUCUGCCCAUGGCUGAGCCCGGGAGACAGUACAGUGAAGAGGCAAUGAGCACCAGGGAGCCGUUAUACCAUGAGCUUGGCACUGCCUUCAUCCAGAAACAGCAGCUGAACGCAGCGCUGGCCAACAGCUUCCUCGAGCACCUCUGUCUGCUCGAUAUCGACUCAGAGCCCAUCGUCGCUCGCAACACCAGCAUCAUCUGCACCAUCGGCCCAGCGUCUCGCUCUGUGGACAUACUGAAGGAAAUGAUUAAAGCUGGAAUGAACAUCGCUCGCCUCAACUUCUCACAUGGUUCCCACGAG